CCGGCCACAGCUGGCCUGUGCAGCGGUUUGUCUGACAUCUCGCUGGACAGCAAAACCGCAAAGCUGAUUAUUUAGUUUAGUUUUUUUUUUGUUUACUUUUAUUGUUUAAGAUAAUGGGAGAAGUGAUUCACAUAAUUACAGUUCUUAAUAAUAUUUCUUAAUGGUGUACCUGCAAUCGAUUCCCCUCCCUUCUCUUGCUUUGCCUCCUCAUGCUGUGCGGGGCUUUCGUUUUUCUGAACCGGAGAGAUUUCUGCCUGAGUUGCAAAGCUCUGCUGCAGAGAUAGUUGUUGGUGAGCUGGGGAACGUCACUUGUUUUAUUGCCCUCACAGAAGAGAGACCAUAAACGCAUUCUUACCACCUACACCCUCCCCCAGUUCACUGCUAAAGCAUGGAAAGUGCUCACUUGCCAGAUAAUUCAUACACAAAGGGAACAUUAACAGUUAGUUGGGAACUCUUUGAUUUGGCUGAGAUAAACACUGAAUGCCUAAUAUUCGUUUGACUUCCAAUAAAAAUGCAACGACUGAGAGCAGCUGCUGUAGCCUGUGUCUCUGUUGUGGUGUUGUGAAAUAAAAUCUGAGUUAACAACACACACACACACACACACACUCACACACACAGACGCACUAAGAGAUUACUGUUUCCGUUCGGGGAUCGGUAUUAUAUUUCAUAAUAGCUGUUAAUUUUUAUCUGAAUUACACCCUCUAAGACACACAUGGACAGGUUUCCAUGUAUUUUCAUCCAGAUUUCCUGCUUCCCUUCCAUGUAAUCACAGCACUGAAAUGUCAUUGGCCACAUUCUGCUCGGUGGUUUCCCUUUAAACACAGCACACUUUUAAACUUCAAGCCAAAAAAACUUCAUAUCCAGCCGGGCUGAAUAGUGUGCCACUCCAAGUCUACGCUGUGUUUAUCGGCAUUUAGCACUAAUGUUCAAGCUCUGAGCUAAAAGCUACAGUUUCGUCUCAACUCCUGCUUCUCAAUUGGUUGAGAACGGUCAGCUGACAUUGUCAUAUUGUCUCUCACCGAGCCAAGCCUCGGCUAUAACACUCGGGUUUGUGCGUCUUAACCGGAGAUUGGAAAUUAAUAAUAUUCAAUCCUCAAAGUAGCCCCCUUCCAGUUAGAGAGGCGGAAAGUCGAGGAAAAAGCCGAAGACCUUGGAGAAACGUGCAGUUGGCAGACACAGAGUGGAGGAAGAUUUACUGAAAAGGAGAUUGAAAAGAGAGCGAUAAAGAAGUGGGGAGAGUUGGAGAGAGGGUUACAAGCAAGGUAUGAAUUCUUAUUUCGCAAACCCGUCGCUCUCCUGCCAUUUAUCCGGUGGUCAAGAUGUUUUGCCUAACGUCCCUCUGAACUCCACCACCUAUGACACAGUCAGACAUUUUUCGUCCUACGGCGCUGCCGUGACCCAGAAUCGGAUAUAUGCACCUUUCUACUCCCCUCAAGAUAAUGUCGUGUUUGGCUCUGGCAGAACACAGUAUGAUUACGGAUCCAAUGUGUUUCUUCAAGACAAGGACGUGCUGCCCAGCUGCAGACAAACAAACAUGGGACUCAACACACAAAGCCACAUUGCUCAAGAGUACAGUCUGGAUCAAGGAAGAGCAGGAGCCCAGGAGCAGAAAAGUAACAUCCCGAUCUACCCGUGGAUGCAGCGAAUGAACUCACACAGCGCAGGAGUGGGCUAUGGGACGGACAGGCGCAGAGGACGUCAAAUAUACUCUCGUUACCAAACACUAGAGCUGGAGAAGGAAUUUCACUUCAACCGCUACCUGACCAGGCGCAGACGCAUCGAAAUCGCCAAUGCGCUUUGUUUAACGGAGCGACAGAUCAAAAUCUGGUUUCAGAACCGACGCAUGAAAUGGAAGAAAGAGAGCAACCUGACCUCCACGGUGUCUGGAAAUGAACAGACAGGAGCCUCACAGGAAGAGGAGCGCAAUAGCGCAGUGGAAGAAGGGAAGGAUGAGGACAAGAAGAAAGAAUAGUUAGAAAGAAGAGGGGAGGAAAUCACCUGAUUACCAUUAAAACCCAACGUAACUACCUAAAAAUCUAUAUGGACUUGAGAGCGACUUCACUGCAUGAUGGCUGCCCUGCUGCUCUUUAACUCAUAUUGACCACAGGAGUGUGUGGAGCCUUAGAAAUGAUUUCAUCCACAGUUUGGUCCCUGUGACAUUUGGAGCAUCGAUAUUUUUUUAUUAUGAUUAUUAUUAUUAUUGUUGCUAUGUCUCACUUGUAUUGUGAAAAUAAAAAGAAGUAUUAUUUUCUGCGUUAUUUCCCAUUCCAGGAAAUCUGUGUAUUUACCACCCACACCCCAUCCAUCACUGUGAACUCUUUGAUCACCACACGCAAUACAGUGUUGGUUUGACUAAGCUCGUUAUUGUACAUGCACAUUCCACGGCAUUAAGCAAAAAGGACCGGGUGGACACUCACUUGAUCACAGCGUAAACUAGUACUUGAAUUGUCCGCAGAAAAGGGCCCUGCAUUUACCUGAGAGUUGCACGGAGAGUUUCCAAUCCACACGAAAAAAGCAAGCGCCUGUAUAUAAUAAAAGCAACAGUAUAUUAUGUCCAUUCCGCCAGUCUCUAUGCAUUUAACUCGCUUUGUUAGGAGUUGCAUUAUGUAAAAUUGCGCCUAACUCCUUGUUUUUGAUCAUUUCAUAUAAUACGCUUUUCUUGUGGGAUAGAUUUGUACACUAGUAAUUCUCCACUUUUGUUUGAGAGUUAAACAGUAUGUCAUGUUUUGUCAUAACAGUGUAUCAUGAAAUAAAAUCUUUGUAAAA